AUGGCGCUUGUAACUACAGAGAGUUUAAAGGCAGAACUCGAGACUUUUGAGAUCACCUGUGAAGAUGACUGUGUCCUCGACAAGAUGGUUGAACUGUGCAUCUGCAGCAGGACGCAGGCAGAGCAGAUGCUGUUUGAGUGGGUCGCCUACAGUACCACAAAGGAUGGCCUCAAACUCACCCUGGACAACCUGGAGCACUUCGAGCAUGAGUUCCUAAACAAGAGGAACAAAUCCAAAUCCAGCUCAAGGAAAGACGACAGUUACAGCCGACCCAUAGAUAUUAAUUCAUUGCAAGAUAUAAUAAAAGAAGAAGAAGAGGAAGAGAAUCUUUUGGACUCUUAUUCCACUCCAGGGAAGGGCUCUCAGAAGCGAGCUCUCUCCACCCCAGAGCAUCCUCAACCCAAACGAUCCAGCGCCCUGCUGACCAGCCCAGGCCUGCUGCUGUCUCCUGCAAACUUUUCCCCCAGUGUAACCCCUUCCCACAAGUACAGCCAACGAGGAAGUAAAGGAGAGGUAGUGGUUACGUUUGGGGCCGUGCAGGGGGCCCGUUGGACGGGCAGGAAGGAUCCGGGUGCAGGUGUCCAGGUGGAUCUUCUAGAGGGGCCAGAGGACUCCCUCCGCAGCAGCUAUAAAUACAUGUUCCAAAGGCUGCGAGAUGUUCGAAAUGUGUUGACAGAGAAGAUAGAAGAGCUGGGAGAAAGCCUGAGGUCUCACUUCAACAUUGAGGAGUUCUCAGCUGCCUCUCUGCCCGCUCAGGACAGUAUAACAGUGUUGGGUCAGGUUUGCUGCGACAGUAACGGUAAACUGAAUGCUCAGUCGGUUCUUCUGGAGGCGGGGCCAGAGCAGGGCGGUCAGCAGGUUCCAGUUGACCUGUCUGAGCUUAAAGAAUUUUCCCUCUUUCCUGGUCAGGUGGUGGUGAUGGAAGGGAUGAACACAACAGGAAGGAAAUUUGUGGCCUCCAAGCUUUAUGAGGGAGUUCCUCUUCCGUUUUAUAACAACAAUGUAAAAAUGGAGACUGAUGAAGUGGCAGAGCCUCUGAACGUCCUGGUGGCCUGUGGACCAUACACACCUUCUGACAGCCUGACCUUUGACCCCCUACUAGACCUGAUCAGUAUCAUUGUCAGAGAUCGUCCUGACGUCUGCCUGCUGUUGGGUCCUUUUGUGGAUUCCAAGCAUGAACAAAUCGAGAAAGCCCAGGUCACCGAGAUGUUUGAGACGAUUUUUUUCAGAUGUGUUGAAAGCAUUUUGGACGGAACCAGGAGUGUUGGCUGUCAGUUGGUGUUUGUCCCCUCCCAGAGAGACAUCCAUCACGACUUCAUCUACCCACAGCCUCCAUUCGUCCUGCCGAACCUCAGCAAGGACCAGGCCCAGCGAGUCACCCUGGUUCCUGACCCCUGCACCCUGCUGAUUGACGGAGUGACGUUUGGUCUGACAUCCACCGACAUCCUCUUCCACAUGGGAGCCGAGGAGAUCAGCCGCGGCACUGGCUCUGACAGAUUUUCCCGCAUCCUGAACCACAUGCUGACUCAGAGGAGCUUCUACCCGCUGUAUCCGCCCACGGAAGAGGUGAACAUGGAUUAUGAGAAGUUCCAGAUUUUCGGCCACAUGUUGCUCACUCCAGAUGUUCUUGUCGUUCCUUCGGAGCUGCGUUACUUUGUGAAGGAUGUGGGGGGCUGUGUGUGCGUGAAUCCUGGACGGCUCACCAAAGGCCAGGUGGGAGGGACGUACGGCAGGCUGCUCAUCCAGCGCAGCGCUACGGCCAACGACGGCAAGAGGGCGAGUCCGUGUUUAACUGCUCAGGUGGUUAAAAUAUGAUGCAGUCAAACAUAAAAAGCUGUAAAAUUAGCUUUAUUAGUUACACGUUUUCUGUUUUUCUUACAACAAAUUCAAAAGUUUGUCAUUGCUGUUGAAAUCAUAAUAAAUGUUGGUCUAUUUUUCUAUUCCAAAAACAUCUAGUGGGCUGUUGAUUUCAGAAAUAAAGGAAUUAAUUUAUACAGUUUUGUUUUGUCUAGAAUCUGCAGAUCCAUCUCUUUGCUGAUUUAUUAAAAAAGUUAUAAAAUAAAUACAUUUUCCACAA